CUCUGUGGCUCCAACAGCGAGAUUUCUCCCUGGUGCUUCGCAGGCCACUGGAAGGCGGAGCCAGUAAAAUUUGAGGAUGUGGCAGUGAACUUCACCUCAGAAGAGUGGGCGGUGCUGGAUUCUAGUCAAAAGAAGCUCUACAGAGAUGUGAUGAAGGAAACAUAUUUGAACCUGAUCUCCAUAGAAAAAGCACUAGAGGAAAAUAUUGAAGAGGACUAUAAAGAUCUCAGCAGGAAUAUGGGAAUUCAGGGGAUUGAGAAAGACCAUGGAUAUGAAUGGUAUACUGAGUGUGAUAAAAACCAGCAAUCUAUUUUAGAGAGUAUGAUCAAUAAAGACAUGCCACCCAGAGUAAAAGCUCAUGAAACUUCAUUUUAUGUGAGAAACAUUAUUGGUCAUUUAUCCUUACAUGGGUAUCUCAGAGAAAAUACUAGAGGAAAACCACCACUGUUUAAGGGAGCUGUGGCAAAAGCUUUUGCACAUCAGAAACAUUGGAAAGAUAGCAGUUAUUCUGAAUCAAUUCAAGUACUUGAAGCUUCUCCUGAAGAGAAACCCUAUAAAAUUCAACAGUGUAAUGAAGCCUGUAGGACUCUCUAUUUUGAUCAGCCUCAGGAGAGAAGUCAUACUGAAAAUAAACCCAAUGAGAAUGUCUUAAUGAGAUGCACAUAUGACCAGAAGGAUGAAGGAACCCAUAAAGAAGUGGAACAAUUUGUAUGUAAUCUCAGUGAAGAAUCCUUCAUUGAUUCCAGCGAUCUUACCAACCAUGAAAAAAGUCAUAUUGAAAAGAAAUGGUACAUUUGUAGGGAAUGUGGCAAAACAUUUAAAUAUGCAGCAUGUUUUGAGAAACAUAAAGUAACUCACAAAGGAGAGAAGCCAUAUGCUUCUAUACAUUAUGGAAAAGCCUUCACCCAAUUCAAUCAUCAUAACGGUCAUGAAAGCAGUUACACUGGACAAAAACCUUAUGCUUGCAAGCACUGUGGAAAAAAUUUCACCAGUUCUUCUUAUCGAAACAUUCAUGAAAGAAUUCACACUGGAGAGAAAUCUUAUCCAUGUAAGCAUUGUGGAAAAGCUUUCAACCACCCCAGUAGUCGUAACAGACAUGAGAGGAGCCACACUGCAAAGAAACCUUAUGCCUGCAAUCAAUGUGGAAAAAUGUUUACCAGUUCUUCUUAUCGAAACAUUCAUGAAAGGAUGCACACUGUAGAGAAACCUUAUGCAUGUAAGCAUUGUGGGAAAGCAUACACCAAUUCCAAUGCUUGUAGCAUUCAUGAAAGAAUGCACAUGGCAGAGAGGCAUUAUACAUGCCAGUAUUGUGGAAAAACCUUUUCCUGUCCCAGUCUUCUGAAUACCCAUGAGAUAAUUCACACUGGAAAAAAGCCUUAUGUAUGUAAGUAUUGUGGAAAAGCCUUCAACCACCCCAGUAGUCGAAACAGACAUGAAAGGAGCCACACUGCAGAGAAAAUUUAUGCCUGCAAGCAUUGUGGAAAAAAGUUCACCAGUUCUACUUAUCAAAACAUUCAUGAAAGAAUUCACACUGGAGAGAAACCUUAUGCAUGUAAGCAUUGUGGAAAACCUUAUGCAUGUAAGCAUUGUGGAAAAGCCUUCAACCACCCCAGUAGUCGUAGCAGACAUGAAAGGAGCCACACUGCUGAGAAACCUUAUGCAUGA